UAAUACUAGUUCAAGACAUAAAAUUCUCUUUGGUUAGAGAUCUGGCAACAUUUUUUUGACAGCUGAUUUCGCCGUCGCAACUUGUUUUGCAAGUGUUUUGCAUACAGUGAUAGUAAUUAUUUCGAAAAAUAAAGCAUUAAACAUAUUUCGACGAGCAAAUAGAAAUAUGGAGAAGCCUACUAUUACAGAGCAACCACCACCGUAUUCGGCUGCGGCGCCACCAGGACCACAACCAUAUCCCCAAGCUCAGCCGGCUGGCAUGCCAGGGGCACCGUAUCAACCCCCGCCACCAGGGUACACUCCAUACGGCGUUCCUCCCCCCACACCAGGCUAUGUACCCAACUACGGAGCAACCAACAUCAUCAUACCACCGGCUAUAAUUGCCGUAGGGGCUUGUCCGGCCUGUCGUGUUGGCAUCCUAGAAGAUGACUUCACAUGCCUCGGUAUAUUAUGUGCCAUCCUCUUCUUCCCUCUAGGAAUAUUGUGCUGUCUCGCUCUUAAAAACCGAAGAUGCUCUAACUGCGGGGCAAUAUUUGGAUAGGCCUGAGUCAAUGGUUUCUCCCAAGUUAAUGACAGGGAUUUGAUCAUUCGCCACUGUUCUAUUGUUAUCGGGAAAGCGUCCCUAAUUGCGAUCAUAAUGUUGAUUAUUAUGAAGUUUAUUAUAAAUAUUUGCAGGGAACUUUUUUACAGUUGCUAUUAUUCCAUAUCAGCAAACCCUUUUUUAUAUGGAUCUCCGGUCUUCGUGUCACGCCUCAGUGAAGUGUUAAUAAAGUACGCGAUGGGGUAAGUUCGGAUCACGGAGUAAAACCGUUAAUUAAAAAAUUACUUCUAAAUUGUUAUUAAAACUAAAGUGACAAACAAUUGUGAUACAUUAAAAAGGCAAUAUUAAUUGUUAGUGUUAGGAAAUGACGCGUUCAGCAGUAAUUCUAAAUGAACUAUUUUACCUCGUAAUCCGGACUUACCCCAAUGCACUAUACACAAAGUAAAGCUAUAACUGGCCACCGACGACAGCGUCAAUAGUGCGUUUCACUGACGAUACUGACUCGGUUGAAGCUAGCGUAGGGUUCCAGUAACUUCCUGUAGUCAAGGACAUUUUAAAAGUUGUCUCAGGCAGACACCGGGAUAAUUUCUAGAUUAACCGGGAAAGAUAGUAAUCCCUAUGGCAGCGACUGUGCACGCGUCUGCCUCUUGAUGCGAUGAUCGGGAAUCGUAUAUUCAUUGACAUUAUUUAUAUAACAUAUUGACAAAUUUAAUUUCAAUAAACAAUUGACGAAAUUUUGGCUGUGUAUUUGCAAAAUAUUUAUAACAUUCCCCUUUGUAAGCGAGAUUAUACGAGAAUAUACAGAAACAUUUUGCCUUGCCGUAGUAUGAACGAAUAAAAUAAAUACUAUAUAAGAACAUAUAUAUUUAAGAAUUCUUAUCUAAAAAUAUAUCAUAUAAAGUUUAUUUGGCAAAGAUGCUAAUUGUAAGGGUUUUUUUGGACCAUAUUAUAUCUACAUUUUGUUAAUGUCAAUUAUAGAAAUAGUAAUCUCAUUUAAAUAUUUUGCGCAAGCAAAUGGUUUUUAAGAUAUUUAUUGAUAAUCUGAAUCAAUAAAUCUGUAUUGACAAUUUUCAUUUAAAAUUAUUUUAUCGUUAACAUACGUAAUCUUUAUUUGAUUUGUGAUUAAGUUUUGCCCAUUGUGAUUAUAAUGUUUAAUUGAAUUGGUAUGUAACAAAAUAAUAAUAAUAUUUCCGACGUAUAUUGUAACAAUCUAAAAAAAGUAGAAUUAUUUGAUGAUAUUUGAACGGUGUAUCCGUAAUAUGUAAUGACUUAUGUAAAAUUUGAUGAGUGUUAUUUUGCUGCUAUUUCAAAUUAAAGGUCGGCAAAAUUACAUGCUAACUAUUAAUGUUGGAAUAUUUGAUAAUUGCCUAGACAAGCUUUGAUAUACUUUGAAUUUUAAUUCAUAUAGUUUCAUUUAUUCUUAAUUUUAAUAACAAUUUUUGGCGCUUUUGUAUUCCACGAGAACAAACAAAAACGCCAUACGUAUGAUGUCAUCUUUAAAAAUAACGCGUUUGCUUUAUUAUCAUUUUAUUGUAAAAAUAAAUAUAGAAACAUCAUAAAAUAUAAUUAAGGUUUACUGUUUUAAGUUUUCCAUAUAGUUCAUGAUUGUGUAACUAUGAGGUAAAUGUAAAUGUGAGUGAACACUUUGAAAAUAUAAAAAAGGUGAUUUGGAAUUAAAAUUAAAAUCAUGUAUUUUGCGUGCAUUCCUUGUAAUCAUUCGAAGUGUUAGCAUUUACAUUUACUUCCAUAAUUCUGCAAAUUUGUUAUCUUAAAUGUAAUACUAAUUGUUAAGUUUUGUACAUUAAAAUGUUGAAACAAUAUUUUUAAUAAUGUUUCGAUUUAUAAGCUAUUUUAAUGACUCAUUGUCAUUACAUGUACUCGACAAACAUAAUUAUUAAUGUAUACAAACAAUGCAGAAACAUUUGGCAUUGUUCCAUUAAUUAACACAUGUUUUAUAUCAAAAUAUGCAUAUCCAAAAAUUAAGUUGUGGCUUUUGUAUGCCAAAAAGAUAAACGAUGAAUUCUAUAGAAUGAAAAAAUAUAAUAAAAAACCAACAAGUUUUUAAACAAUGUGCCAUUUAAGUAAAGUAAAUGUCCAGUCAUAGGUAAAUGUCUGAUAAUAUUAUGUUAAAUUAUCACAUUAGUUUUCGAGUGAAUGUAAGUUUUUAUUUUGAUUUCGCACUUAUUAACUCAAUGAUGUGGGUGAGUUUGUUAACCUAUGACAAACAUACCCACGAAUCGACAAUAACCGACCUAAUGGGGUGGUAAUUAGUGCGUUUACCCUACGUUCAACAGCACUAAAAUAUUGUUUCCUGUGAUUAGUGUUAUCGCUCAAAGAUGUCUGGAUUUGAAUUAAUUCCUUCUAUUAUCUGUAUUUGUUAGUGCAUUAAAACAAUAGGUUUGCUACUAGUGACUGACUAUAAGCCAUCUUUGACAAGCUGGAAUUUUUUUUAACAAUAAGUUUUAUUUUUUAAAAAAUAUUUCAGUUGCAUAAUAUUUUUGAGGUUGAAGCCUUAUGAAGAAAAAAAUGUUAUUUAGCGAUGCUUUGAGCUACUUGCGUACUCUAUUUGCUGUUUUUUAAGCCGGAUAUCGUCAGUCAUUUUUUAUAUGAUAAAUUUAUUCAAUCAAAUGGAAUGACUAAAAAAAUGUGAUUUGGAGCGAGAUACCUACAUAGAGCGAAGAACUCAACAAUCUUUUAGUUUUUGUACUCAUUGUACGUAAUAUGGCCUGAUGGCAAGUAUAGUUUGACCCGGCAAAUAAAAUGCCUGCUUUAAGGACACAACUUUUGUUUUUCCGUUUUAAAGUUAACGCUGUCACUACAAACUAGUUACAAUAUUUCUAAUAUGGCGUGUUAUUUAUUUAUUUAUUUUUUGGUCGGGCUAUACAAUGCACUCCAACGUUACGACAUCAAGACAUUUUAUCUAUGACUGUUGUAGAAAUUAUGCUGGCCUGUAUUCAAUAUUCUACUUCUGGUAGUCUCCCUUAGUCGACUGGUACGACGCCCUGGGAUGAGAUGGGGUAGCCGUUGCCGAAAACUUUUCUAUCGACAAAAAAAAAACAAAAGUGGUUUAGAUAAUAUAAUCGUUGCAGUUUUAAAUUCUAAGUGCUGUCUAUAUAGCAUACACAUUGAUUUUAAAUUUAUUACAAUGUCGAGCCAUUUCGGUUGUUUAAAUAAAAUAUAUCGAUAUUUUAUUUGCCAUUUUAAUGUCAACGCCACUAGUGUUUCCAAACUUGACUUAAAUAUUUUCUAAUCUAACAAUUUAAUAAAUAUUAUGUCGAACUUUGUCGUGUGCUAAUUUAUUGAUGUCCAGAUAUUAAACUUGGAAUAAAAGAGCAUGUUAUAUCUGUCGUUUUGAAUAUCUUUAAAUAGCUAUUUAAUGGUAUGUCGUUUAUUUACACUUAAAUAUGUUCGCGAUGCAUCUAUAAUUGAUAAGAUUGAUUUAGUCGGUGGUAUAAAAUAGGACAAUUUGUAUAAUAAAACGAACAUGGACAUAUACACGUGGUCUUAAUAAUUUAGGAAAUAUUGUACCAUUGAAAUAUGUGUAACACUCUGCCACAUUUCACUUAUGGCCAAUAGUAAUAAACAAUGGAGUUAUCUUCAGAUCUGACAACAAACCAAUCAACUUGUAAUACUUGAGUUUUGCGAUCAAAGUUCAUUCUGAUUGGCCCAUUUUUACCAACGAUCUCGAGAUAUAUAUAUGAAUGUUUACUAAGACAUUGUGACUAAGAUCACCGGUUUGUUAUAUGUUCAGCGUCUGAUCCCGGAAUAUCACUCGCUGCUACAAGUCUUGAAUGUUACAUUAUAAUCGCUAUUCUAUUAGGUACAAAUAUGAAUAUUGCGAGUGAACGUACCUUGAAACUUGUAUGGCACCAAAAUGGGACUAUAACUAUUAUGUUCAAUUUGGUAGUCAGCCAAUAAUGGUCUAGAAAAUUGUAACAAAAUAAUACUUCCAGUGCCAUUUUCACUAUUUCGUUGGUAUAAUUUUAUGACGUCACAACGUAGCACUUUUGUCUUUCAAAUUUAAUUUAGUGUACUUUGUCUUAUUUUAUAUCGCCGUUGAUGUCAUGUAAUUUGUUUGUUUUAAAAUAAUAUAAAGCAAUAAUUAUAAUUAAUAUUGUGUAAGAGAUUAUAUCGUAAUUUAUUCCUUAAACGAACAUUACUAUAAUAGACUGAUUUUAAGAACGCAAAAUUGCCUUACUUGAAUUUUUUUUUACUAGUAUAUUGAAAUAACUAGAACGGCUAGUAACCACGCUGCUAGAAUGUUCCCGUGACGAUUAAAAAAGGCUAAAUUGAACUGUAAUUAUGUAAGUAUGGUGAUUAAUAAAUACUAUUAAUUAUAUUUAUAUAGAUUUUACAAUAAAGUUUGGGAAUUAUA